UACUCGCCUUCAAUUUAUUUGGUUGCUGAAUUACUUUUAAUCUCGAUGCACAUAUUACCGUAAUAUAAAUGGUCUUAAAUCACACCAUACCCUCCUGUUAUGUAAUAAAACAUCUAAUUCAUACACUAGUGCAUUAAAUAAAAGCUUAUCACAUUAAGUAAUAUUUUUUACUUUUAAGUGAUAAUAGCCUUUAAACAUGUCGGAUAAACAUUUAACGCUGGGCCAGCGUGUUAUGGUGAUCGGCAAAGAAGUUAAGGGUUCUAUUGCCUAUGUUGGGAACCCUACCUUCGCUACUGGGAAAUGGAUCGGAAUUAUAUUAGACGAAGCCAAAGGGAAGAAUAAUGGAACAGUUCGUGGACACUCUUAUUUUCGUUGCGAAGAAAACUACGGAGUAUUUGUACGUCAGACACAAAUACAGCUCCUCGAUGCUGAUGACAACCCCAUGGAGACGUCCAUGACAACAUCUACCGAGGAAAAGCCUGUAUCUAACAGGAGAUUAAGCAGUAUAACAGUGGCCCAGAGGUCUAGACCGACUACGGUGCGGAGGAAGGCGUCGCCUGCGCAGACAAAAACUGGAAGUUUAUCGAUGUCGAGCAAAUAUCGGGGCAGUUCCAGGACGUCACUGGCGAGCAGCCGCCAGUCGCUUACGUCGUAUGUCUCCCCGACCGCAGAGAGGUCGGGUUCGCCAGACCUCACUGGCAAGAGGGCGUCGUUUGUCGAGACUGGUUUCGUGGAGACGCUCACGCCUCAGUUUACACCCGGUCAGAGCUUAACUUCUCCGCAGCCCGUGUCCACCGCGAUGGAGGACAAGCUUGCCAACAUACAGGCACAGCAAGAGAUUGUCACUCUAAAAUCUGAAGUCGAAGAUCUCAAGGAAAAACUCGAGACGCUGAAGGUUCGUCGCGCCGAAGACCGGGAGAAGAUUCGGGAGUUGGAGCGAGUGCGUCUCCAACUGGACCAGGCGAAUGAGUUCAAAGCUAAGAUCAUGGAGUCGCAGGCGCAGCUUCAGAGGGAUUUGCAGAGGGCGAAACAAGAGGUGCGCGAGGCGCAAGAAGCGCUGGACGUGCACAACGACGAGACGGCCGAGCUGCAGGAGGCGGCUGAGAUGGCGGCGCUCGACAAGGAGAUGGCGGAGGAGCGCGCUGAGGCGCUGCAGCUGGAGCUGGAGCAGUGCCGCGAGAAGCUGGAGGAGGCAACUCUCGACCUGCAGCUCAUGCGCGCCGAGAUGGAGGCCGGCGGGAACAUACAGCACCCGUACGCAGCGGGCGAGGGCGCCACGGGCUACGAGGUGCGCCAGCUGCAGCAGCAGAACGUGCGUCUGCGGGACACGCUGGUGCGUCUGCGGGACCUGUCCGCGCACGACAAGCACGCAAUGCAGAAGAUGCAGAAGGAUUUGGAACAGUAUAGAUCUGAAAUAGCCGAGCUGAGCCGAACCAAGGAGAAGCUAUCAGCGAGAGUUGAAGAAUUGGAAGCCCAGGUUGCUGAUCUUCGGGAACAGGUUGACGCCGCUCUAGGAGCUGAAGAGAUGGUCGAGCAACUUGCUGAGAAGAAAAUGGGCUUAGAAGAUCAGGUCGAACAAUUGAAACAAGACGUCCAAGAGCUGGAAGCGUUGCAGGAGGUUCACGAACAGCUCGUGGAAUCGAACAGGGAGCUCGAAAUGGACCUCCGCGAGGAGCUGGAGAUGGCUCAUGCAGCGACCAGGGAGGCCGCUAGGGAACGAGAAGCAGCUUUGGAGACAAUAACUGACAGGGAUCUGACGAUAGGCAAGUUUAGAGAGCUGGUUCAGCGGAUGACGGAGCAGCAUAACGAGCUGCGGGCUCAGCUGGAGUCGAAGCAAGCGGGCUCCCCGGCGCCCAGCGCGGAGCAGGAGGCGCGCGCGUCCCCCCCCGCGGAGCUGGGCUCGCUGGUGCAGCAGUCGCGCGCCUCCACGCGCUCCAUCGACCUGCAGCUGCGCGCGCUGGAGCUGGCGCAGGCGCGCGCGCGGGCCGACAUGCUGGCGGCCUGCCUGCCCGACCACUUCAUGGCCUCCAACGGCGACCACGACGCUAUCAUGUUCAUCCUGCUUCUGCAACGAUUGAACACAAAAGCCGAAAUUAUAUUAGGACAAAUAAGAGAGAAGUUCCCAGAAGUGAACGUCUGGGACAAGGAGUCGAUCAUGAGGACGCACACCGCCGUCCAGUACAGCUUCAGGUGUCAGCUGGAGUACCAGCUGCAAAUGAUACAGUGCAUGGUGUGUAUGUGGAGCGGCGCGCUGGAGAGCUGCUCGCCCGAGCUGCUGCUGCGAGCCGCCUCCGCGCUGCCCGACGCGCUCACUCAGGAGCGAGCGCUGGACGCCGCCGCACACCUGCUCAAGACCAACGAGCUCGACGAGAACUGCUCGCUCGACGGCAUGGAGCGCUGCUGGUCGUACCUGUCGGCGAUGUGGGCGGCGCUGAACAUGAGCUCGGUGGAGGGCGCGGCGUGCUCGCGCGAGGUGGUGCUGCACGCGUGCGCCGCGCUCGACGCACUCGCGCGCGCGCUGGCGGCGGACGCGAACGCGCUCACGCACGUGCUGCAGCCUUCCGACCACCAACAAGAGCUGGGCCUGCUACACGAGGCGAUCCAGACGAGCUGCGCAACACUCCAGCAGCAGCUGAAGAGUGUCCGGAGACGGCUCCCCCCCGGCGUGCAGCUACACGCCCUGCCCAUCGAUUUACAGCUGGUGGCGCGGCUGCGCGGCGCGGGCGCGGUGGCGCUGAGCCGCGCGGCGCGCGCGGGCUGGCUGUGCGCGCGCGCGGCGCUGGCGUGCGCGGCCACGGCGGGCGAGCGCGGGGACGGCGCGCCGCUGGCGCACGCGGCGCUGGCGCACGUGUGGGCCGCCGCCGUCGACAAGGUGUACCAGCAGGACGACCUCGGCGCCGUCAAGACCGUCAAGCACGCGCUGGCCACCGUCGCCGCCGACGUCGCGCAGCUGGCCGCCUUCACCAAGGACAAGGAGUACGACGUCAUGUCGCUCACCAACGUCGCCUCGGAGAAGCCAACACCGCCAAUAGUACUGCGCGCUCAGCUCGUCAAGAAGCAGCUGGAAGAGACGAAGACCUUAACGAUCCGGCUCGAGAACAAAGAGGCGGAUAUCAAGGAGAUGAGGAAGGCUUUGAAGGCGAAACAAGAGGAACUAUCAGAGAUGCAGAUCCGCCGAGAGCUCGGAGAACGCAAGCUCGUCGCCGCUGCGAAGGACGCAGAGGUGCGCGCGCAGCAGCUGCAGCGCCGGCUGGACGACGCGCACAACGCACUUAAGAGGAAGGAAAAGGAAUUCGAAGAGACGAUGGAUCACCUGCAGCAAGACAUCGAGUCGCUGGAGAGCGAGCGCGGCGCGCUGCGCGACAAGCUGAAGCUGUACGCCAAGCGCGGGACGCACCACGCGGUGGCGUCGCCCGUCGCGGUCCGAGACUACACACCGGUGGUGACAACGCCCACACCAAAAGAUGCGCCCCAAGAGCCGCCGGUGAAGGUGACAACUGGCAUCGCCGCGGGAGAAGUUAACGAAGCCCUUCAGCAUCAGCUCAAAGUGCUCAGUUGGACCGUGGACCGCGAGCGAGCGGCGCGUGCUGCGGCCGUGUCCCGCGCCGAGCGGGCGGCGCUGCGCUCGCUGCGGCCGCUGCACCACCCCGCCGCGCCCGCCGCCGCGCUGCGCCGCCGCGCCGCCGCCGACCUCGAGCUGCGCCUCGCGCGCCUGCACGCCGAAUGGACCCUGUUCGUCGCGAAGUCGGGUCUGGUCAAGUUCCCCGAAGACCCGAGCAAGUACGCUCGAGUCCUGGAACAGCAUAAGGAGAAACAGAAGGAGAUUAGACGUCAGUUGGAGGAGAAGUUGGUCGCGCUCCAAGUUGAAGUUCGAAGCCUCGUGUCGCUGCACCGACCCUGGCGCUGCGUGGAGGCGGACUUCACGGAGUUUCCGGCGCCGGAGCUCACAGCGGCAAUAAAUGCGAAGGCGAUUGACAUCGGCACCAUUAAGUACCCAGCCUCCGAGUCGGUCCAUGACGAUACUAUUUACGUGACGCCCACGCAGCUCGCCAAAUUACGUGACAUUGUUUCGGAGCUGCAAUCGGACGAUGUUCAGCUUGAUUUGAAACCGUUAGAUCAAACAGUUUGUGCAGCUUGAGGUGGUUGGAGAUAGAGAACAGGACAUACAAGAAGAAAGAGAUAGAGGUAGAGAGAGAGAGAGAAGAUUAGUGAUUACAAUAGUAUUAUUAUAUUGGGAUCUGACAUAUUGGCGGAGCUUCAUAACAAUGGUCGACGAAGCUACAGAUUAAUAAAAAUUUUUAGAAAAAUAAAAUUUAAUUUAAUGUAGAUAAAAAAAAUUAUUUAUCGAAUUUAAGAAAUUCUUAACAAAUGAAAAAUAACAUUGAUUUCUUAUAUUAUAAUCAGUUAACAUUAUAAUAACAAUAAUUUGAUUUUAAAAUGAUUUUGUUUUAUUCAAUAUAGAAGUUUAAUCUUACUUAUCGACUCAAAGUAAAAAGAAUCACUGGUCCAUGUGUGUAUCACGCCUUUAUAUGUCAGUUCUUAAUUAUAUAUAUAUUAUGUUUUUUGGGGUUGCUUACUUUAUGUAUGUUAUAAAUAAAUAUUUUGAUGUAGUCAUAAAAAUAUUACUAAAAAUUAAUUGUAAAAAUUUCUAAUGUGUUUAAAAAUGACUGAUUUAUUUAUUAUUUAUCUGUCUUUUAAAAUAACCAAUUAACAAGACAACACAAAGGCCCUAUUAACGCCUCUAUACAUCUCUCGCUCACACACUAUCGCUGUCUAACAUAUUUAAUAUAAAAUGAGACGAACGGCCUCCUCUCCCUUUAUAUUUUGUUUUAUUUGUUUAUUUAUUUAUAUUCGUUUUUAAGAGAGUAUAAAUAUUAUGAAAACUUUAAAUAUUAUUAUUACAUAAUAAUUGUGUAUAUAUUAAUAUUGUAUAUAAGGAAUACCGUGUAUACAUAUGAUAUAAUGUCUAUUUAUUACUUGUGGGUGAAAAGAUAACGCAAAGUAUAUAAAAUAUAACAGAGUUGUUACAACCUCCUAAAUUAAUUAUUAUUUAAAAUAUCUUUUAAUUCGAAUAAUUGCAAUAAUAUAAUAUACAUAUUUGUUGGUUGAGGUUUGGUUUAGUCUAGGUAGGUAGCUCUCGUCACAUAUUCUACCGCGAAACAGCAAUACCAAUUAUAUUAUAUUGUUUAAAAAUGAAUCACUUUAUGGUAACUGUUCACCACCGCUUAUAAGCCGUAAGAAUAUAUCCUUGAGAAUUAAGAUGGUAUGUCCCUUGUGCCUGUUAUUACACUGGCUCACUAAUUCUUCACUUGCUUGCCAUUUUCGUUAAAUUGCUAUUAAUAUUAAUUAGGCCGAGAUGGCCCAGUGGUAAGAACGCGUGAAUCUUAACCGAUGAUCGUGGGUUCAAGCCCGGGCAAGCACCACUGAAUUUUCAUGUGCUUAAUUUGUGUUUAUAAUUCAUCUCGUGCUUGAUGGUGAAGGAAAACAUCGUGAGGAAACCUGUAUGUGUCUAAUUUCAAUGAAAUUCAGCCACAUGUGUAUUCCAUUAAACUCGUAUUUGAGCAGCGUGGUGGAAUAAGCUCCAAAACCUUCUCCACAAAAAGUGAAAGGUGGCCUUAGCCCACCAGUGGGACAUUCACAGGCUGUUACUGGUCACUUACUAAGUAUUACUGCUUGGCGGUGGAAUAUAUGAUAAGUGUGUGGUACCUCGACGGGCUCGCACAAAAACCUACCACCAAUGAAAUUAAAAUUUUGAUAUAAUUUGUAUUGUAUAUUGGUUUAAUAGGUGUCAACUCAGAUUGCUAGCUGCUUCGUCCGCGCUUAAGUAUAAAGGAUAAAUGGUCGUUUGAAAGUGUAUGAUAUUAAAGCAAGAAGCAUGACAUUUCAAUCUGGUCAGAGAAAAAGGAUAUUGAGGUUAUUUUUUUCAUUUUGUAUCGAUUAUUAUUAUUAUUAAUAAUAAUAAUCACCAAUAAACGUUUUUCUUGCGCCCUAGGUGAUAUUGAUUUUAAUACAUUGCAUUUCGUUUUUUGCACCCAGAAGUAUGUGUAUGAAGUAUUUUGGCGAAAAUGUCCAUAAAAACGUUCUAACUCUUAAAAAAAAAAUUAAAAUAUUGCCACCUGUUUGGGUGGAAAUUCUAAAACUUUUUAAGUACAUGUUUAUUAGUUCAAUCUAGAAACACAAAUAGUAAAUUACAAUUCAUUCAGAUAUUGAAGUACAAAGAAUUAUAUUUAAUAUUAAAUAUCAUUAUUUGUACAUCAAAAAUGAACACCACAUUUUCAAACUUGUAAUUGUGGUGAAUUUUAAAAAACACUGAAAUACGUAAUCAUUUAUAUCUAACUAAAUGCUUGUAUAUGAAAUUUCAUGCUUCUAAAUUUGAAAAUGACGGGUUUCCAUACAAGGCUUAUUUUACCCCUUUAGGGUUUGGAAUUUUCAAAAAUCCUUCCUUAGUGGGUGCUUACCACACAAAAUGAUUCGACUGCCAGAAUUUCAACCUUUAACCCCUGUGGUUUGGGCUCUACGUUUGAUGAAUCGGUCAGGGAUUUAUACAUGUAUUAUAAAUGUCGAAUGUGUACGAAAAUCGACGUUAAUGAUUUUGAAAGUAAAUGAAAUUUCCAGCAUCUCAUUUUCACUGGUGUUUUACUACACAAAUAUACGAAAAAAAUAAUAAUUUAUAUGUCAGGGAUAAUCAAUUUAAGCGGGUAUACGACGUCACUUAUUAGAAUAGCAACACCACACUACGUGACUGACGUCUUAUGGGUUACUGGUCGGUUGUCAGACGUCAAGUUGUGAAAAAAAUUAAGACGGGUGCCUAUUUUAUUGUACAGCCGAAUAAUGGAAAUAUAAAAUAUAAUGGUCUAUCUGUCAGUAGCGCGUGUGAUCGUUUGUCUAGCGACCCCCUUGGUCUCUUGUUCUCAGGACAGCGCCAGCGCCGGACGUACGAGACGGACGAGCGCACUGACUGAUUUAAUAAAAACAAAAUAUUGGACGACAAUGGCGGCCAUUUAAAUGGCAAUCAAUUUGAAUCCGCGACAUAUAUAUAUAUUUAUGGGGUUGUAACAACUCUAUGUUAAAUCUUAUGGAAAACUUUAGGCGUUUCUCAUUAUAAUUAGCGUUUAUUGUUAUAAUAAAAGUAUCUUUUUUUCUUGUUAUAUUCGUAAAAGACUUAUGAAAUAAUAUAAGAAUUAUUUAAGCUUAGAAUAACUUUAAAAAUGUGCUUGAUUUUUUUCUGAUAUAAAAUAAUUUAUUUAAUUUGCAGCUCUAUAGAUUAUUUAAAAAAUUUGCAGCUCCUACACGUCACUUUAGACUUAACGCUAAAGGGAUACGGUGUAUGUUUGCCUGCGACUUCGUUAUGUACUUAGAUUUAUGAAAUAAACGCUUAUUUAUUA